UCGCCCAUCGAGGCCGACCCGAGCCCGACCCCGGCGGCAUCUCGCUCGCGGUGCGGCGGUCAAACCCCACCUAACCUCGCGCUCGGUUGUCUUGCUCUUGGGAGCUCUGAUCAGCGGGGUAUUAGGGCUUGCGAGCGAGCGUGUGCGCGUGCGCGUGCGGCGGCGGCGGCGGCGGCGGAGGAGGAGGAGGAGGAAGAGUGGGGGAGAGAUGGAGGCGUUCAUGCAGAGGGUGAAGCGGCUGGACGCUUUCCCGAAGGUGAACGAGGACUUCUACAAGCGGACGCUCUCCGGCGGCGUCGUCACGCUCGUCGCCGCCGUUAUCAUGCUGCUGCUAUUCAUCUCCGAGACCAGAUUGUAUUUUUAUUCAGCGACAGAGACGAAGUUAGUGGUAGACACAUCAAGAGGAGAAAGGCUACGAGUAAAUUUUGAUAUUACUUUCCCAAGCAUUCCAUGCACUCUUUUCAGUGUUGACAUGACGGAUAUUAGCGGAGAGCAGCAUCAUGAUAUUAGGCAUGAUAUUGAGAAGAGAAGAUUAGAUUCACAUGGUAAUGUUAUUGAAGCAAGGAAAGAAGGAAUUGGUGGAACAAAGAUUGAGAGACCAUUGCAAAAACAUGGUGGAAGGCUUGACAAAGAUGAGCAAUAUUGUGGCACGUGUUAUGGUGCUGAGGAGUCAGAUGAUCAAUGCUGUAAUUCUUGUGAAGAAGUUAGGGAGGCAUAUAAGAAGAAAGGAUGGGCCCUUACAAACCCUGACCUAAUUGACCAGUGCACAAGAGAGGAUUUUGUUGAAAGAGUUAAAACUCAACAAGGUGAAGGCUGCAGUGUUCACGGUUUUCUUGAUGUCGGCAAAGUUGCUGGAAAUUUCCACUUUGCACCAGGCAAAGGAUUUUAUGAAUCGAACAUAAAUGUGGCUGAGCUGUCGGUACUUGAAGGUGGUUUCAAUAUCACCCACAAAAUAAACAAACUGUCCUUUGGGACAGAAUUCCCUGGUGUUGUAAAUCCACUUGAUGGUGCUCAGUGGACACAGCCAGCAUCGGAUGGGACAUACCAAUACUUCAUAAAAGUUGUCCCUACAAUUUACACUGAUAUAAGAGGGCACACGAUUCACUCAAACCAGUUUUCGGUGACAGAGCACUUUAGAACUGGAAACGUUCGUCCAAAACCUCAACCAGGAGUAUUUUUCUUCUAUGAUUUCUCGCCUAUAAAGGUUAUAUUCACAGAAGAAAAUAGAUCCCUACUGCACUACUUGACGAACCUAUGCGCUAUAGUGGGAGGAGUGUUCACUGUCUCUGGCAUCAUCGACUCGUUCAUAUACCACGGACAGAAGGCACUCAAGAAGAAAAUGGAGCUAGGCAAAUACAGAUGAUCUACAUCAACCUUGUCCCGGCCCUCACCUUCUCCAAAUUUUGUGGCAUGUAAGUAGGGUAUAUGCCUGCUAAAGAUGACGAGAUGCCGCUUAGGUUGGGUGGUUGCACUGUCGAUCAAAUAGUACCUGUAAAAAGACAAGGAGUAGGCUGGUCUGGGGGGAGAGCUUUGAUGUCUAUCGUUGUUGACUGUAGUGAAUGGCCUAGAGUUAAGUGAUGCGAUGCGGUACUUUGGAGUUAGGAGGUGGAUAUAUCAUAGAAUGUUUCUCAUGAAAAUUUCUUCAAGGAACCAGCUUCACUCA